CCCGGUCGUCCAUGUAUAACAGACCCUCGCUCCUGUUGUCCCUCUCAAGCCGACCAUUUACCAGACCCUCCUUUCGAAAAUCCUCCCAUAUUACCUAUUGCUACAUAUCCACAUUUACACCACCACAGUCACCACAACCACAACCAACCAUGACCUCCAAACCCCCCCGCCAACCCCUCAAACUCCUCAUGCUGCACGGCUACACCCAAUCCGGAACCCUCUUCCACGCCAAAUCCCGCGCCCUAAUCAAACACAUCACAAAAGCCUUCCCCCUCCACGAAGUCGCCGCCAUCUACCCAACAGGCCCCAUCCACCUCGACCCCGCCGACAUCCCGGGCUACGAGCCCUCCCCGUCCUCAGAAAAGGAAGAGAAGAUUGAAGCGUACGGGUGGUGGAGACGCUCGAACACCGCGAAUCCGCCGCUGUAUCUUGGUAUUGAGGACGGUUUGGCUGCUGUUGCGAAGGUGUUGAAGGAGGAGGGGCCGUUUGAUGGGGUGGUUGGGUUUUCGCAGGGUGCUGCGCUGGCGGCGAUGGUUGCAGGGUUGUUGGAGAGUGGGAGGAAAGGGGCUUUUGAGAAGUAUGCAGAUGCGAGGGUUGCGUGUGAGGGGGUUGAUUUGAGUGGUUCGACGGAGAAGGAUGUUGCUUCGAUUGCGUUUCCGGGGUCGUUUGAGGAGGUGCAGCAUCCGCCGUUGAAGUUUGCGCUGUGUUAUAGUGGGUUCCGGGCACCGGGGCCGAGAUAUCGUGCGUUUUAUGAGAGUCCGGCGAUUCAGACGCCUGUGUUGCAUGUGUUGGGGUCUUUGGAUGCGGUUGUUGAUGAUAGUCGGAGUCGGGCGUUGGUUGAGGCUUGCGUGGGGGAUCCGGAGAAGGAGGGGAAGAUUGUUUGGCAUCCGGGUGGGCAUUUCUUGCCUAGUCAGAGGCCGUUUUUGGAUGCUGCUGUGAAUUUUAUUCAGGAGAGGUUGGGGAACAAGGAGGAUAAGGGUAAGGAGGAGGAAGAGGAGGAUGUGAAUAACAUGGACCUGCCGUUUUGAAUGUGAUACUGUUUUUGUGCAUGUUUGGAUAUAUACUGCAUCAAUAUACCACUACGUUCUGUUAGAACCUGAACAUUUAAG